GAUUCAAUCAUCCGAAUUCUGGCUUCUGCUUGCUGCAGGUACUCGACAUUGAGUAAUCAGACAGAUCUAGAGCUCAUGAAAUCAUGAGCGUCGACGGGAACGUUCGCCGUCUCAGAGAUUUUUGGGAGGGACACGGCGCCCGUGGCCAAGCAGGCCCUGCGAGUUCUCUCGUUAUAUUUAAAAACCUUAACAGUUCUUUGGAAGAAUUACAGAAGCUGCUUCCAAGGGAAGCAGGUGCUGUUGAUGGGAGAAUCUCAGAGGAGGAAAGGGUAGAGCUAACUUUUAUGGCCGCGCGGGCCCGCCUUUCGAUCGACCGAGCAGUUAGUGUUCUGAAGGAAGGUCGCGCUGAGCCUGAGACCAUUGAACAUCCUGUGGCUGCGAAGAGCUCGAGCGAUCGCACCUCAAACGUUCGCGAACCUAGCCCAAUUCCUGGCCAGGCGAGUACGUCAAAUGGUUCUGCCCCGCACACGCCGCAGCGCUCGCGCAUUGCACGACCAAUGAUCCCGGCUUCCAUCCCAAGAGAUCGCAACCAACGUCCACCUGAUCACGUUCGACCUCUUCAGGGUUCCUCUUCGCAAGCCCAGCAGGACGUCUUCCGCGUUGCGUAUAACGACGUCCAGCCCGACCAAGGAGACUCUAUUAUUGCUUCUAACCGAGCCAUAGUCAACGCACCGAGACAACAGCAAACUCCGCCUCAAACCCCUGCUUCAAAGCGUAACAAUGUCAGAGAUUCAAAAGGUCGAUUCACGCCCUACGAGGCGCAAACUUCCGAAAGGGAGCUGUCUGCGCCAGUCCAGCACCAGGUGACCAAAAUUCAGCAUCAACCCAUCAGCUUGGCCAAGGAUCCAUCUGCACAGUUGAAGGCACCUUUGGGGAAGAAGCGCAAAAUUUCGCAGGUUCGUGAUAGUAGUGACGAUGAAGAAGAGAUCUGGAACAGGAAGAAAGUACACCUUGAAAUUAAGGAAAAACGACAACCAGUGAAGAAGCAGACGCUUGCGCUGUCGACAUCACGAGCGCAGGUAAAGGAGUCACAGAAAAAGCGCCCUGUGCCACCCUCGCAUUCUUUGAAGGUCAAGCCUUCAGGUCACUUUCGACCUAGAGAUGAAGUACUUGUCCGCAUGUACUUUCCUCCUCUCCCCCAUGAUGAUCAAGUCGACGAGCACGGCCGUCCUCGGUUCCAUACUAGCUGGGAAGGCCCCUUCACGAUUCUCCACCGGUCUUAUAAUACUCCCCACUGUUCCCGAUGGAAUGUCGAAAUGGCCGCUACCACCAGUCAUAAGGGUGUUCUGCUUCCUAGCACAAUCUUUACGGGCACUAGACUGAAGCGCUGGACUGGAAGGCGUGGUCCUGAUGACUACGAACAAGCGGUCGAUCCGAAUGUUGGUCCUGCGGGCAGGGGCAAAGAUGGGGAGAAGGAGUGGGAGAUCGAGACUAUAGUAUUAGAGAAGAAGCAUGGGAAAGGGAUGUCGUACUUGGUGCGGUGGGAAGGUUGGGGAAACCGCGAGAUGAGAUGGCUGGCCGGGUCGGAGUUGACGAAGUCGGCGAAGGAAAUUCUGGACUGGUGGAAUGCGAUGAAGGAAGAAGGUUUCGUGCAGAUGUAAGAAAUUUUAUCUUGUCUUGUUACGAAAAAGUUGGGCGUCACACUAUCGUUUCUUGGAUAUCUUGAUCUUGUUUUGCUGUCGCUUGCUUUCUGUACAUACCAACAACCCACCCGUGUUUUGAUUUUUACUUCAGUGCUCCAUUGUACCAUGCUAGCCGUCUGUAGAUACGUGUUUGUGUCCUUGAUGUUAUAACCCUCAUAUUCAGUGCAGUACCGCAUCACCGUAUACGAAAAGCAGAAUGUCCAAACGAUUCUUC